AAAUAAGCGCAUUAAUUUUUUUUUCUACGCUCUCCUUAAAGUUUUUUCUUUUUUUCCUUUUUUCCCCCCAAAUUAGAAUUUAAUUUCAAACCAGUUGACAAUUAACACACUCCAAAACCAAUUCCUGACGUCCAAAAUCCAAUAGAAAAACCCUAAACACAAACACCACCCCCCCCCCCCCCCCCCCCCCCCCCAUUUCCGUCGACAACAACCCAAAAAAUCCCGAUGUCGAACGAUCGCGCCGGCGACGGGAAGGACAACGACAAGGACAGGGCCGUCGCGAAGACGGCGGGGUUUGUGGUAUUUUCCGGCAUCGCAAUGAGUAUCCUCAAAGCCCUAAACCCUCUCAACAAGCCCAACCUCCAAUGCACCCACAACAACACCAACAACGGCGAUCAAACCGAACCGGUCGGCGGCGAUUCGACUCAGACGGAUCAUAAACACCAGUCUUUCUCUCUCCAAGAACCCACCAUCAAGAAACCCAUUACUUCUGUGGAGCAAAAUGUGCCGGGAUCAUUGCUGAGGAAGGUGGAGAUUGUAAAGGGAGAUACCCUUUGGGGCCUUUCUAGAAAAUAUGGGGUAUCUAUCGAGGCAAUUAAAGAAGCUAAUGGGCUUACAGGGGACACUAUCUAUGCUGGCAAGAAACUUAUUAUACCCUGAUGUGACAUAUUUGUACUUGUUGUUUGUCUGUAAUUUUUUCUUGAUGUUAGGCUGUCAGAUUAGGUCUUAUGAGGGGUAAAAAAGACUUUGUCGGAUUUGGAAUAUUGCUUUUUUUCAACCCACUGUGUUGUCCUCGAACUCAUAUGAUGUGGCAAAGGAAAUUUGUGAACAGAGAAAUGGCCCUCAUUUUGUCUGGCAUUGAGAGCAAGGCGUGAUGUGACAUACGAGCCCAAACGCUUUGUUUUCUUGGACCUAUGAAUGGGGAUAUUCCUGAACGAUUGUGGUCUA